AAGUCUGUGGUUCUAAUUAAGGAAACACAUCUACAACUACAGUUGGACUUGUAUGAUUACAGUACUUGAAACACUGCAGUGGAUCACACACAGUGAACACCCUCCACUAAGGAACACUGAGCAAAAAUGGAAAAAAUACCUUGCUGGGUGAGCUUUCCUCACAUGGAUAUAGAAUGAUUACUCAUGGGAAUUUGUUGAGAAGUGUAAAUACACUGCUCUCAGCUUCUUAGCACAACUGGUACCAAGACACUUUUGUAAUCAUAACCAAUAAAAGCUAAUAAUACAGAUGCCACUUUGUUUAUUCAAGGGUUUGAUUCAGCAAAAACCUCACAUAAGCCUACAAUAAAAACAAACACCAACCAUGUCUUAGUGAUUUUAUAAACCUGAAGCAACAUUAAAACUAGGACUAAUUUAAAUUGUGUGAAAAUAAAAGUGGGUCUCAAUAAACUCAUAUGCAAGGGAUGCUGCUAUCCAAUUCAUCAGACAGUCGCCAUUCCUAACAAUCUCGCCACUUCCCUUUAGUUCCACUUUGGUUUCCAUGGUAACAGCGCGACUCCACUCAAUGGCUCUAUUUCAAUCAGCAAACACCCUACUGCUCAGGUGGGUGGCAGCUGUGAUGUCAUCAUUCCGCGCCAAGUGCAGCCCAGGGCUCCCGACAGGCCUUGCAUCUCUGUAUUAAUCAUUAAUUUCAUGUCUGUUGUUGCUAUACCGUAUACGUGUCUCUGAAUGUUUACCCGUUGGGGAUCAGCAGAGCAAUAAGUUUUUUUAUUAUAUUUAUUAAAGCCAGCUGAUUUUUUCUUUAAAUCAUCAGACACUGCUGUUAAUGCAGAAAAGGAGUUGACUUAAGACGGCCCCUCAGUUCGACUCUAUUUUGGUACGCUAUACUGACACCUAUCGGCUUGGCAGCAUGAGGAGCCAGUGUGUGACGUGGGUUCAUGGACACAGACGAGCCGAGCCGAGGCAGCAAGCAGCAGGCAGGCGCCGCCAGACCCGAAAUGCCUCAGAAAGACCCGUGUCAGAAACAAGCCUGCGCAAUUCAGAAAUGUUUGCAAGCUAACAAGUACGUGGAGAGCCAGUGUGAAAAAGAGAUCCUGGAAAUGCAGCGGUGCUGCGAGGCACUCGCAGGGCGACAUUCUGUCUGCUGUUCUGGAUUCACAAAAGCACAGAAACCUACUGAGCCACUGAAGAACCAGAGCCACCUGAUCACCAUCAUACCCUCCAUUAUCCACUUACAGUAAACUAAGUUAAACAGAAAAUGUUGUUGAAAUUGAAGGCAGCAGUCAAGUAGAUGUGUAUACCUUUAUUUGAAAUAAAUGGCAUACUGUAACAAAAUUGUAUUGUGAUGAAGACCAAAUAUUUCAAUUUUGUAUUUGUUUUGCAUUUUAAGUCACCCCUCCCCCGGCCAGUAUCAGUGACUGAAACUGGAAAAAUUGAGUAGUUCUCAGAAGCCUGGAAAUAUAUUAAAAUGCUUGACUUUAACAUCUAGUGCAAAAUGCCGUACGAGGGUCAGAUAUCUUUUAUACCCCACUUAAAGCAGUAUCAGUUCACCUCGUCCAUGAUUUCAAAGGAGAUAUUUAGGACAGUGUUCUGCUACUUGCAAUUGAUGUAGAUGUACUGCUUUGUGGUACCAGAUUAAAAACAGAGAUUUUUAGAACCAGGGUGCAUUAAAAAAUGGUGGAUAAGUAGUCCCAUAAAUUUAUCUUUUUUACUUAAUUCCAGCAUAGUAGAAAAAUUGUAAUCAGUUCAGAGAGAGUAUGAAAAUCUGCUGAAAUUUCUUUAGAUUUAAAUAAAGAAAAAAUUCAUAGUGCUUUGGGAGUAAUUUUUUUUUUUUUUUAGGCUCUAUCCAUUUAAUGUAUACAUGUGAGCCUUAAAGAGUCUUAU